UUAUGACGCUAUAAUACCCCAUCUGGUGAGAGUUGAUAUAAUUCGCAUAUUGUUCAGCGCCGAAAAACGGAAUGACAGUUUGAUAUUUCAUAACAAUGGGAAGUGGUAGUAGUGGCCCAGCUGUCGGAGUGACGGCCAACCCACGUGUGGUGUAUAAUGAAAAACUGUCAAAGAAAGAAAAUAAGGCCUCAGUGAUGGACUGCCCCGUCUUGGUGGAUGUACAGCAUGGCACUAUACGCUACCGCUGUGGCACCUAUGAUGGGGAACCAGCAGACAAAACAAAACGAAUUGAACGGCCAUUUGAAGGAAAGGACACAAAUUUCAAACAACACUACUUCUAUCAUGCAAGACUGAAUGAUUUCAGUCAAGGUGCCGACCCCAGCAAGGAGGAUGCAUACAAGUUCAUGUAUGUCACCAAGGGCCCAGCCAGGGUGAAUCAGAAGAAGCUGUUCUAUGUGUAUGGCCGAGGGAUGGAGGCUAAGGAUGGCACAAGGGUCAGGCCCACACAGACUAAGGAGGAGGGCAAUGAUUACUCCUGGCCCGGCCUCAGAGUACCCAACCACCUCUACUACAAGCUGACAUUCACUGAUGAGCUGAGUGUUGGAGACAGUGGUGAUCCUGUAGAUGAGGAGGAUAGAACUAUUGCUGGUCUCCAGUCCACACCUGACAAGUCGUGUAUCAGAUUGACACUGACAGCGGAGGAGAGAGCCCGAGAUGUCAAGGGAAAGAUUGCAGUGAAGAUCCUGAAGGCUGCCAGUGACAUUCAUAUCUGCUACGGGAACCUGGAACUGAGGGAUGAGGAUGUUGUCGGCGAGUAUCGUGAUGAGGCAAAAAGAGGCAGUUCUAACAUGGGAGUGGAUGUCAGGUUCAUCUAGACCUGGAGAUUGUGCAACUCCUACAUGAGAGGGGUGAUGACUCAUAUUUAAUGGGGAGUAGGGUUCUAAGAGACAUAGGAAUAUGGAGGCAGGGGUGGGUAUAUAUAUGUAGCAUGGGAUAUGUGGAAGAGUGGUAGGUAGUGUAGUAUGACUGGGUCAGAGAUAUGUUUGGGUAUAUAAAAUCCUGGAUAUAGAGGUAGCUGAGGGUAAAUAUACAGAAACAAGCAAGGGUCAGUAUAUAGAGAUAGGGAUGGGAAUGUAGGGUUAACAGAAGCUGUAUAGAGAAACGAGUGGAUAUAUAAAUAAAUGGUUGGUAUGCAGAGGUGUGGUUUGGUACACACAGAUAGGGGGUGAUGAAUAGAGUCGUGGGAGGGUAUAUAGUGAAAAGGGUGGCUAUACAGAAGUGGGGUUAGCAUAAAGAGUUGGGUAUGAUGAGAAAGGGGUGGGUAUAGAGACAUGUACAUUGAGAAAGGGGUGGG